AGCAACUCCACGGGCUCACUGUCUUCAUUCAUUUCUCAGCUGAGCAAUCGACUGCGUCGUCUGGCCGGAGGAAGCAGGUGACGCGCUUCUUGAGUCGAUCGGUUGUCGUUCCCAGACAGAGAGGAUGCCGGCGGCGGGGUUCUCGGUGUCGUCGGGGGCGGCAGCAGGGAGCCACUUCGAGGCCAAGAUCACGCCCGUAGUCAUCCUUUCUUGCGUCAUGGCCGCCACCGGCGGUUUGAUGUUUGGAUACGACGUUGGAAUUUCCGGUGGAGUGACGUCGAUGGACGACUUCCUGGAGAAGUUCUUCCCGGCGGUGUAUCGUCGGAAGCACGAGACGACGGAUAGCAACUACUGCAAGUACGACAACCAGGGCCUGCAGCUGUUCACUUCCUCUCUGUACCUGGCCGGGCUCACGGCCACCUUCUUCGCCUCCUACACGACGCGCAACUUCGGGCGCCGGCCGACCAUGCUCAUCGCCGGCUUCUUUUUCAUCGUCGGCGUCGUCUUCAACGGUGCGGCGCAGGACUUGCCGAUGCUGAUCGUCGGUAGGAUUCUGCUCGGCUGCGGCGUUGGCUUCGCCAACCAGGCCGUUCCUCUGUUUCUCUCAGAGAUCGCACCCACCAGAAUCCGCGGCGGCCUCAACAUCUUGUUCCAGCUCAAUAUCACCAUCGGAAUCCUCUUCGCCAAUCUCGUCAACUACGGAACCGACAAGAUUCAUCCGUGGGGAUGGCGUCUGUCGUUAUCGUUGGCGGGCAUCCCGGCGGCGCUGCUGACGGUCGGCGCGCUGCUGGUGGUGGAGACGCCCAACAGCUUGAUUGAGCGUGGGCGGCUGGAGGAAGGGAAGGCAGUGCUCCGGAAGAUUCGCGGCACCAGCAACGUGGACCCGGAGUUCGAGGAGAUCCUCGCGGCCAGCCGCGCCGCCAACCAGGUCAAGCACCCCUUCCGCAACCUCCUCCGCCGCCGGAGCCGCCCGCAGCUCGUCAUCGCCGUCCUCCUCCAGAUAUUCCAGCAGUUCACGGGGAUCAACGCCAUCAUGUUCUACGCGCCGGUUCUGUUCAACACGCUGGGAUUCAAGAGCGACGCGUCGCUGUACUCGGCGGUCAUCACGGGGGCGGUCAACGUGCUGUCGACGGUGGUGUCCAUCUACGCGGUGGACCGGGUGGGGCGGAGGGCGCUGCUGCUGGAGGCGGGCGCGCAGAUGUUCGUCGCCCAGGUGGUGAUCGCGGUGGUGCUUGGGCUGAAGGUGACGGACAGCUCCGACGAGCUCGGCCGCGGCUGGGCCAUCUUCGUCGUCAUCAUGGUCUGCACCUUCGUCUCCUCCUUCGCAUGGUCCUGGGGGCCCCUGGGCUGGCUCAUCCCCAGCGAGACCUUCCCGCUGGAGACGCGGUCGGCGGGGCAGAGCGUCACCGUCUGCGUCAACCUCCUCUUCACCUUCGUCAUCGCGCAGGCCUUCCUCUCCAUGCUCUGCCACCUCAAGUACGGCAUCUUCGCCUUCUUCUCCGCCUGGGUCCUCAUCAUGUCCAUCUUCGUCCUCUUCUUCCUUCCCGAGACCAAGAACGUCCCCAUCGAGGAGAUGGCCGACCGCGUCUGGAAGCAGCACUGGUUUUGGAAACGCUUCAUGGACGAUGACGACGACGACGACGUCGGCGAUCUCAAGAAGAAUACUAACAACAAUAAAGGAGCAGUUAAUGGAGUGUAGAACAGCACAUUUCAGCACAUUAAUCACGCUAUUCAUACACUAUAAAUCAUGUUAUUAAAGUGAAAAUCAUUGCUUUCUAAUGCAAUCAUUAGCUAGACUCGGACUUGUAUUUCAA